CAUCGGGCUUGUAAAUUCUCUGUUUUACUGUUUUUCAUUAGUAGAACACAGUGUCCACAUGUAAAGGUGUCCAGAUUAUGGAAAGCAGGCUGGAUAAAGAAACAGGACGCAGGAGUUUAUCUUCACAUUUUAUCACUUAUGGAAAUCACACUUAAGGGAAAAUGUCAGGCGGCUUAAAACAAGGAUCUUUUACUGAACAUGUUUUCAAAAUUCUGGUGAUUGGAGAUUCUGGUGUUGGAAAAACUAGUUUUGUCCAUCGUUACAUCAGAAAUCAUUUCUCAAAUCAACUGAAAUUAACAGUUGGAGUGGAUUUCUCAAUGAAGAUGAUUGAAUGGGACAGUAAGACGCUGGUGAGAUUACAACUGUGGGACAUAUCAGGUCAUGAACACUUUAAAAAUAUGAGCAGAGUGUAUUUCAAAGGAGCAAGAGGAGCACUUGUUGUAUAUGACAUGGCAGAGGAGUCAACACUGGAGGGGGCACUGAGCUGGAAACUUGACCUUGAUUGCAAAGUUGUGACAGAUAACGGUCGUCCAAUACCUUCAGUUCUACUUGCAAAUAAAUGUGACCAAGACAAAGCUCGCUCAAAGGAGCCCUGUCUUAUGGAUAAACUGUGCAGAGAAAAAGGCUUUGCUGGAUGGUUCAAGGUAUCUGCUAAGGAGAACGUUAAUGUGGAUGAAGCUGUUAACUUCCUUGUGAAGCACUUGCUGUGUGAGGAGUCACCCCCUGAAGAAGGCCAGAGUGGGAACAUUACCCUGAGGCAAACACCAGAAAAGAGGCCCUCUAAAUGCUGUUAACAGCAGAAGUUUAGGGCUUGUUUAAUAUUAGGCAAAAUUCAUUGGACCUUCACUGGACGUUCAUUGGGGUAGUGGGGGUAAAAUUCGGGAUGGCUGCUCAUAGUGGUCCUGAAAUAUUUUUAAAAUGACUUUUCAUCAUUACUGAGAUAUUUUACUAACACAUUCAUAACAGCAUACAAAUCAGACUAAGAAUUUCAGUAACAUACAAUAGAAAAACUGCCUUUGUAUUAAAAAUUGCCUUUGUAACUGAAUAUUUAUCAGAACAUCUGUGCUAUUACUAUUCUUAUUCAUACAAUAGUUUGUUUUUGUGUUUUAAUAUUGACAUAUAAAGCUGAUGUCAUAUUAAUAAAGCAACUCAAAAUGUA